GAAGCAAUCCGCUCCUCCGCUCCGCUACGAGCAAAACACGAUCGCCCGUUUGCGACCUUGGGCAGAAACACCGCAUUUUAAGCUUUCGGUCCGAUCCUGACUAUUUUUCUGAGGGAAGGAAGAAUAACAUCUGGACCUGUUGUGCUCUCUCCCCCCCCCUCCCCGCCCUCCGAGAUCUGCGGCCAAACGCCAGAUUCCCCUGACCCCCAGUGUCGUUUCCGAUAACCAUCCGCCCACCGCUUGAUUUUACCGCAAAUCCAACGCGUCCAUAUACCUUGACUCGCUCCGAUAUACCCUGCUUCAAUUCGACUUGGAAUGAACGGCGCCAGCUGAGCAUGGUCGAAAUUGGAUAGAAUAAUGUCAGCGUCGAGCCAAAAUACAGGGUCCCGAUUCGGGACCGGCAACAACAGUCGGCCCUCCAGCAAAGAUGGCACCAAGAAAAAUAUCUGGUCGUCCAUGCUGGAUAGUGUCGCGAAUGGAAAGCGCCUUCCGGAGAAGAAUCUCCUGAUCUUAGGCGGCACCCCCGAGAGCCAGAGAGAGUUCCUCGACACUCUAUCCGCCGACACUUCAGAUCCUAAUCUCUCGAAUGAUAGGCGAAAAGGACGGGUACCGCCGGUGGCCAAUCAGUUCGCCUUAGGAUAUACUUACCAGGAUGUGCUGGACGCUGAUCACGAAGAUAUUCUUGCGCGCGUCUCUGCGUACUUACUCUCCGAGCCUUCUCUUUCCUUUGCGCCCCUCCUCAAGCCGCUUCUGACCGCACAAUCGGUGCCGGAAACCUUGGUUGUGAUCCUACUGGACUGGUCAGACCCUUGGACGUGGGUUCGCCGACUCCGCGAAUGGGUGCGUCUUCUGAGACAUGUCCUCAUAUCACUGGACGAUGAGACGAAGAUAGUCAUGGAAGAAAACAUGACCGAGUGGAGGGAACGGAAACGAGGAAUGGACGCAAGUUCGGCUGGCGCGCAAGGUCUUACCAGCUCCGGUGGCCCCGUAACGAUACCUACCGGCCCUGGUGAGUGGGAUGAAGGGCUAGGUAUACCCGUGUGUGUUGUAUGCCAAGGGGCCGACAAGAUCGAGAAGCUAGAGAAAGACCACGGCUGGCACGAAGAAGAGUUCGACUUCAUCCUUCAAUUCAUGAGAACAUUGCUUCUGAAACAUGGCGCGUCACUAAUUUACACCACACCUUUCCUUGCCAACUCCCUCCAAAGCUUAAUACACUCAUCCCUCGGCAUCCACUCAUUACUCAAACGCCAGUCAUUCAAACACAACGUCAUCGACCGGGAUAAGAUUCUCGUUCCUCCCAAUUGGGACUCAUGGGGCAAGAUCCGGAUCAUUCGCGAAGGAUUUGACAUGGACGGCGUAUCAACAGCCUGGUCGAUCGAGAUUCAGGAUCCCCCAGAGCCAAUCACCAACGGCCCCAGCGACAGCAACCCUGAAGGUGAGACGGCCGACGAUGGCACCAGCGCGGUUGCGAUCUUCGAACAGACGAUCAAAGACCCCAAGCGGGACAUCUCCAUCGCUCAUCCCGGGAGUCAGCAAAACGGCACCAAAAUCGAAGUCGACACAUCCGACAUGCAAGCCUUCCUCACGAAACAACUCGAAGUCCUGGAACAGCUCAAGAUGGAAGACGAGAAGGAUCGUACGACGAAACAGGCACCACAGCUGGAGAUGUCCCCGCUUGACGACAGCGGUCGGGUCAAUGAACAUAUCGGUCCCGUACAAUUCAACAUGGGUGGUAUCCAAGUCGACGCGGAUGAUAUGCUCCGCAAACUAAAGGAACGAGAAGCCAGUCGAUCACAGAAGAAAGAAACCCCCUCAACAUCCUCCGCCACGGGCGACGAGAAAGCGCACAAUCAAGCGCUGGCCAACUUCUUCGCGGGUCUGGUCAAGAAGCCUGGCACCACCGGCAGUCCCCGCGGCAGUCCGUCUGCAUAAUGUGAUAGAUACAUGGGGCUAGCAUGAACCACGGUCGCCAGCGACAAGGUUUUGGAAAUCUGUAAUAAUAUUGCCUUUUCUCUCGCAUCCUCUGCAGUCAUACGAGUACAGUACAUAUUGAAGUAAAUUAGGUCCCCCCCCCCGGGUCUGGUGUUUGGUUGUUUGCAUGCGCCCGC